AUGGCGUACAAUCUCGGAUUGAAUGUUGACCCGAGGACGUGGGACAUCCCUUCCUUAGAGCAAAAGAGAAGAAAGAGGCUUUGGUGGGCUGUCUAUGUAUAUGACAAAUGGUUUUUGCUCCUUGGCCUUAUGCACGGUUUGAAUCUAACUCCUAUUCUCCCAAGGUCAGCAACGGCACUCGGACGACCUUCGCUCGUCGAUGACUCCCAAAUGGACGUCGAGCCCUUACUUGAGAGUGAUUUUAUGGAGGGUAACUGCGAUGGAGUUGAAACCGAUGUUCCUCUACAAUACCGCACCUCUGUCUCCAUGGCAUCGCUGAGUAUUAUUCUCUCUGACCUACUGAAGACGUUUUACACCAUAAAGUCAAAGCAAGAGUGGCUUAAACACCGGUCUGCUGAGAAGCUGUUCAGCGAAAAUGCGAGGCUGGACCGGUCUUUGACGUCGUGGGAGGAAGAAUCCCUCAUCCCUCUCUUGCAGGUCCGAGCGUACCCUGACCCUAUCGGCUCCAUCAUAUUAGCAUAUCACACAUUGCGGGUCAUUUUGUACAGAGCAGUACUAUUGAAACUAGAAAGAUUGGAGACAGACGCGAGCCUCAUUAUAGACAAAGCUUUCGCGGUGUCUUCAGACGCCAUAUCCUUUGUUCAAAAUCUCACCAUGAGCCAAAUGUCAGCAUUUUGGUGGCCAUGUGAGUCAUACCCAUUCCAAGAUGAAAUUGCCUCACUAUGGGGCAAGAUUCUACCUCCUAUUUCUUACAGUUUGUUGAUUUUGUAG